AUGCAAUCGGUUCGGAGGCUGCUGCCUCUCUGCCGUCGGAGCCCUAGUGCGUUGAUCACCACUAGAGAUCUCUCCUCUUCAAGUUUCUACCCUCUGAAGGCGGCUACUGCUACAGGUAGCGCCGGAGGAACACUUAUCGCGCAAGUUUACUUCCGCGAGCUCGUCCGUAUUUCCUUUUAUUAAUCCAUGUCCGUGAAUAAUGACGAAUGGUUGAUAAAUACAUCUCCAAUAGUGCCUGCAACCAAAGAACUUCUAACCUCAUCGAGUAUCGGACUACAAGUUUUCUUUCUUCCUUUCCUUCUUCAAUCUUGCACCUGUGGCAUCUGUAUUAUGUUCCAGAUAUACCUUCAGUAAGUUCGUCCCGUUUCGAGGCUUCUUGUCUCUUUUUGGUUAAAUUAGAGAUGAGAAAUAUGGACCAGAAACAUGGGAAACAGGCUUCAUGUUCAUUUCGAUCAUGGCAAUGCGUCAUUCAUAUAAUUUUAUGCUAAUAAAGAGUAUCUUUAUGCUGAACUGCUUGCUGGAGAGGGAGGCAGCUGGUAUGUCUUCUGGAUCAGUAGAGAGAGCUGGGUCAGCUUCCCAGAUGUUUUUUGGAGCAUGACUCGGAUUAACCAGGUUGAUUUCAUUAGAGCAGCUACAGAGCAUACCGUUUUUUAGUCGAGUAUAGUGAGCACCUCAAAUGCACAAAGUUUGUGUCAUGUAUUUAACCCUUUAACAACUUGGGAAUCCCUUGGAGAGGCCUUGCCAGGCGUCUUGAUGCUUCCUUUCAUCAUUUAUCUAACUUUAAGAUUUAUUUACGAAAAUUUCCAAGAUUAUAUGGUUCUCAUUUGAUUGGCAUUCACCCCUACUAUGCAGUCUCCUCCCUGAGUCAUGGCCCAUUAAGUUUCCACAUCCAGCACCUUAAGUUGGCCAUACGGGCGCAUUCAUCCAGAUGGCAGACAAAGCUCAUGAUCCAAAUGAGGAGUAUUCACAAUCUAAGCUCAUCAGGCAUGUUCUGUUUGUAUGAUCGCCCAUUCUGAGUUUUAUUUAUCCGUAGAACAACGCAUGUUCUUGCUGCUUUUCACGCUUCCUCUUUUUUUCUGGUUAUCUUUUCUAUCCCGUGUGGAAGGGUGUUGAUUAAUCUUGUCUUGAUAUUUCGCUUCAAUAUCCUUGAAGAAAAAAUUCAAUUUAGUAGUUACAUCAAGUUGGGAUGGGAACACUACUUAUGCCUCCUCAGGAAGGAAUCUAUGCGUGGGAAGCCUUCUAGGGAUCUCUGGAGUCGGCGGAGCCAUGUAUUUAUCGCCAAAUGCUGUAUAUGCUAUGAGUGGUGAGCACAUACAUUAUCCCGAGCUUGCAAUUUUCUCUGAUUAUCUUCCUGUCAGAAGAUAUAUUGCCAUCUUGAAAGAGGUCUUGAAGUCUUUUUGGGGUAUGCUUCCUUUUUCCAAGAUGCAGGGAACAUGGAGGGGCAUCUUCGAGAUUCGGAGGACCCUUCUGACUUUUUGAAGCAAGAUUUAGAUACUGUGUGGGCGUUGACCAAAAAAUUUCAGCUGCCGGCCGUGCUGCUUAUGACAGUGAUAUUUGGCUGGCGUCAUCCUAUCAUACUUGCCGUUAACGUUGCUCUCCUUCUCUUCUGCACAAGGCCAAGCCCUUUCUCGGUUUAUAUUUUUAUCGAGCAGGUGAGACAAAGGCAUUUGACAACUUAUUAUGAGAAAAAAUUGACGAUCCAAGAUCACUGUAAUGAUCAUCACAUGGGAUUGCUGUAUAAACUGUCGGAUAUCCAUCUUAUGGACUGUUUGGUGGCUGUAGAAGCCUUCAAGCCAGCUUGAUGAUCUCAAGAGGUGUUAUUUUUCUUUACUGGUGGGAAAUUUAUGAGACUCUUAUCUUCUCUCUAUGUUGACUUUAUAGCUGCGGCGACGGGCAAUGCGUCAGAACCCUGGCUUGUCCAAAACAAAGGUUAGAGCUAUUCUCCCUCCCUCCCUUCCGAAUUAUUAGAGUAAUCAAAUAUUAGUUCUUUCUAAAUCUAGUUUAUUUAUGGCCACAUGGCAUACAAGAUAAAAGAUUAACCAAUCUAAUUGCAUGGACACAAUUCUAGGCCAAUCUGGCUAAAUUCUGCUGGGGAUGUUCAAAAUAUUUAAAGGUGUGGAUCACUCGAUUCACCCACUGUGGCCUUGUAUUAUGAGAAAUCUUGUGCCCAGGGAACAAUCUUUCGGAGAUCGGGCCUAGCCCAGAUGAGUGAUGAACCAGAUCGAGGCCUAUGCUUACUUUGUGCAUUGAAUCUAAAGUCCUUUGUCUGAAAAGGCCCGUUUUUUUUCCUUGUGAUUACUCAGUCGUCUACCCUAAAUUGCGCAGCUGUUCUAUGCGAAGAAGGUGGAAGUCCAAGAUUACAAGCUCCUCUGCUUCGCGAGAGUCGAGCUGAGGGACGCGAAGCUGAGCUUGAUCGGAAUUCUGGGUAGCUGGUGGAUCCUCCAGUCUUCAUGA